AUGUCUGGAUCGACACCGCAACGGACAUCUCUGCGACAGGGUCUGCGCCAGGCGCCGAAAGUCAAUCAACCCUUUAUCCCAGACACGACCCCUUCGCGACGUUCACACCACCAGAACUUCGAUUCUCCUCAACCGCAGAUGACCUCCCAUAUGCACAUGAACCCUGCCGCCAAUCCCCAAAGUGCGCAUUUCUCAGUCGAGAGCUGGGAAGGCAAGGGCCAAACGCAGCUCCCCAUGUCAACGCGCGAAGUUCCCACACCCGGAAACAGGCCGGCAUUAUUUGCUAGUCUCUAUGACAGGACUAAGAUGGCGAAACAGCCAGACUUCUAUGAUCCAUACUUUCCUUUGAGAUUUCUUGAAGUUCCACGAAGUAAGUGGAGCCCCAUUGGACCCCUCUCCACGGACGAAGAGCUAAAUUGUAGUUUGGCCCCAGCGGAUCACAUUUACAAACGGGCGCACUAUGGCCUCCAGUCUGGCAUUGCAGAUGAGGUCGAUUUUGCAUUAUAUCAUUUGGUUCAGAUCUCUAACCAAAGGUGGGACAAAUUCAAGUUCGAAGGUUUCCCGUUGCUUGCGGAAAAUUUGAUGCAAAAAGCGUUGGACAUUACCUACCUGUGUACUGGUGUGCGAUGGGAAUUUGAGUACGAUCCUCGACAACCAACUGACCGGGUCAAUGUAUUGAAUUCUUUGCAUGGGACCCGGGAUAUUCUGGACAAGAUUCGCCGGAUCCCCACAAAUAUCCCAACCGAUACACUUGAGACACACGAGUUCAACCAUCAACUCCGAAAUAUCAAGGAAGCCACUUUAGUUCUUCGAAACAUGGUGUUGUUGAAGGAAAAUGCUUACUAUGUGUCACGAUAUGCAAGCGGCCUUCUCAGGGAUUUCCUUGUCAUUCUUAUGAACACACCAAACCAGCCCCGCCUAAACGAAAUCAAGAAUGAUGCUCUCGACAUCGCCGAAGAAGUGACCAAGUUUAUGAGGACUGAUCCUCGGGAUCCUCUCUGGAUCUCUUUAGUUAACUGCCUGGAUUCGCCUGAUCGCGCCCACAUCAUGAGGGCGCUUUGGGCCUUAACGCACUUCUCCACUGAGUUGAAUGAUGCGGAUUGCAACCAAGCCAUGGAGAGCCUAUCAAAGUCGACUCUCCAGCAGCUAUACUACCACACGCUUCUGGAUCUCGAUAAAGAUAUUUUGAGUGGCGCAUUGGACUUCUGGUACCAAUAUACCCUCAACCCCGAAAAUAUCGAGACCCUCAUGGAUGUUAUCAGCUUCCCGACCGUCUUUGUUCCGCGCAUGAUUGCUCUUCUCACGUAUGAGGCACGGCCCACCAAGAAAGAAACAGUCCUCCAAGAGGAGAAAGUUGCACCGCCGCCGUCCGAUAUUCCUCGCGUACCUCCAGAGCUAUUAGAGAAGCUGAUGGGACUAACGGAGCCGGAGCGCAGCUCACAGUGGCUUCGAUGUUGCUUUGUUGAGGAUGCGGAAUGUGAAAUCACACAAAUUGCCUUGUGGCAAGCCUACCAAAGCCGCUUCGCAGACCCGCGCGUCCAUGGCGGAGGCGUCCUUCCCGCUGCGGAGUUCAUCAAGAACGUUAGCAACACCUUCACAAAUGCGCAAGCUCAAGUCAUCAAUGGCCCUGGCACUGCAACCAAAUUCAUUAUUAAAGGUAUUCGACCAUUAGAAACCGCUCAUACUUUUGAGGGCUUCCCAUACUUGUAUUGCAAAUGGGCCGACAACUCCAAGCCGUCUCAAAUGUGCCAACGUGCAUUCAUAUCUCCCACUGAUCUGCGCAAUCACGUGUUUAUCGAUCAUAUGAACCUAGAGGCUGCAGAGACGUCUGGUCAAUUCAAGAUGGAAGCGGCUGAAACGCCGAUCCACACCUGCCAGUGGGAUGGCUGUACACGAUUCAAGGCUUCUGGUCCUAGCACAAACACUGCGAUGGUUGCUGGCCAUAUUUCAUCGCACCUUCCCGAAGAUCGACCGGCUGAUGCAGCACCUCCUAGCACCAAGCGUGCUGUUCUUCAGGAGCGAAUUGUGCGUAAGUGGUACUAUAUGGACACGCCGAUUAACGAGAAAGGUGAGCCUAUCGGUGUAGCCUAUAAGGCUGCCUUGGUGCUGCGUAACAUCGCCAGAGGCCUUCCCCACCGGGCUUCUACAAGAUACGGCGGUGUUUCCUGGAAGAAGGCUUGCUUUACAAGCCAGCGUCCUAAGAUUGUUGAGGUCUGGGACCGGAACCGCGCAUUGCGCAAAGAGCUGACUGAAUUGAUCAUGGUGAUUGAGAAGGAGGAUGACUAUUGA